CCGCGGCGGGGGGAAGAGGAUGGCGACCUCGUCGAUGCCGGAGUCAGAGAGGAACGUGGCUGCGAAGGCUUCAGAGUGACGGCCCCGGACCCUGCUCCCUGCUGUCAGGCGGCCCCCUGAACCGAUGGAGGAGAACGAAGUGGAGAGCAGUAGCGACGCAGCCCCCCGGCCCGGCCGGCCCGAGGAGCCCUCUGAGAGUGGCCUGUGUGUGGGCACCUCGGAAGCCGUGUCCGCCGACAGCAGCGACGCCGCUGCCGGCCCAGGGCAGGCAGAGGCCGACGACUCUGGCGUGGGGCAAAGCUCGGAAAGUGGCAGCCACUCUCAGGAGGAGGUGUCUGAGAGCAGCUCGAGCACGGACCCCCUGCCUCAUGGCUACCUCCCAGAUUCAUCGUCUGUGUCCCGUGGGCCCAUGGUGGGGGUGACAGGUGGCCCCCCAGCACUUGUGCACUCCAGCGCACUCCCAGACGCCAACAUGCUGGUGUCUGACUGCACGGCUUCCUCCUCGGAUCUGGGCUCGGCCAUCGACAAGAUCAUCGAGUCUACCAUUGGACCGGACCUCAUCCAGAGCUGUAUCACUGUGACCAGUGCUGAGGAUGGUGGAGCUGAGACCACACGGUACCUGAUCCUGCAAGGCCCUGAUGAUGGAGCCCCCAUGACAUCACCAAUGUCCAGUUCCACCCUGGCCCAUAGCCUGGCAGCCAUCGAAGCCCUGGCUGAUGGUCCCACUUCCACAUCCACAUGCCUGGAGCCACCCGAGGAGGCCCAGGGUGGACCCAGCUCCCCAGUGCAGCCACCCCCAGCCUCUGGCGCUGAGGAACCAGACCUGCAGAGCCUGGAGGCCAUGAUGGAGGUGGUGGUGGUGCAGCAAUUCAAGUGCAAGAUGUGCCAGUACCGGAGCAGCACCAAGGCCACACUGCUGCGCCACAUGCGGGAGCGACACUUCCGUCCAGCAGCAGCGGCAGCAGCAGGUAAAAAGGGACGUCUGCGGAAAUGGGGUACCUUGACCAAGACCCAGGAGGAAGAAGGGCCAGAAGAGGAGGACGAUGAUGACAUCGUGGAUGCUGGCGCCAUUGACGACCUGGAGGAGGACAGUGACUAUAAUCCAGCCGAGGAUGAGCCCCGGGGCCGGCCGCUGCGGCUCCAGCGUCCCACCCCUAGUUCCCCAAGGCCCAGAAGGAGACCUGGCCGACCCCGGAAACUGCCUCACCUGGAGACCUCGGACUUCCCGGAUGAUAUGGAAGGAGAGCCUCUAGUGAGUUCCCAGAGCGGACAGAGCCCUCCAGAGCCACAGGACCCCGAGACUCCCAGCUCCUCAGGCCCUGGAUACCUGGCGGCCCUGGGCCAGGCUAGCCAGGCUCCAGUGGAAGCCGGUGUGAGCCAGUCAGAUGCAGAGAACGCAGCACCCUCCUGCCAGGAUGGGCCUGAUGCCCCACCCCGCCGCCGUGGUCGACCCUCUAGGCGCUUCCUAGGCAAGAAAUACCGCAAGUACUAUUACAAGUCGCCCAAACCGCUUCUGAGGCCCUUCCUGUGCCGCAUCUGUGGCUCUCGCUUUCUGUCCCAUGAGGACCUGCGCUUCCACGUCAACUCCCACGAGGCUGGUGACCCCCAACUCUUCAAGUGCCUGCAGUGCAGCUACCGUUCCCGCCGCUGGUCCUCACUCAAGGAGCACAUGUUCAACCACGUUGGUAGCAAGCCUUACAAAUGUGACGAGUGCAGUUAUACCAGCGUCUACCGGAAGGAUGUCAUCCGGCAUGCAGCUGUGCACAGCCGGGACCGGAAGAAGAGGCCAGAUCCGACCCCAAAGCUGAGCUCUUUCCCCUGCCCUGUAUGUGGCCGUGUGUACCCUAUGCAGAAGAGGCUCACACAGCACAUGAAGACACACAGCACUGAGAAGCCUCACAUGUGUGACAAGUGUGGGAAGUCCUUUAAGAAGCGCUACACCUUCAAAAUGCACCUGCUCACGCACAUUCAGGCUGUGGCCAACCGCAGGUUCAAGUGCGAGUUCUGCGAGUUUGUUUGUGAGGACAAGAAGGCACUGCUGAACCACCAGCUGUCCCAUGUCAGCGACAAGCCCUUCAAAUGCAGCUUUUGUCCCUACCGCACCUUCCGAGAGGACUUCUUGUUGUCCCACGUGGCCGUCAAGCACACAGGGGCCAAGCCCUUCUCCUGUGAGUACUGCCACUUCAGCACCCGGCACAAGAAGAACCUCCGGCUGCACGUGCGGUGCCGACACGCCGGCAGCUUUGAGGAGUGGGGGCGGCGCCACCCCGAGGAGCCCCCCUCCCGCCGCCGCCCCUUCUUCUCUCGGCAGCAGAUUGAGGAGCUGAAGCAGCAGCACAGUGCAGCCCCGGGACCGCCCCCCAGCUCCCUGGGGCCUCCUGAGAUGCCCCCAGAGGCAGCAUCUUUCCAGGCAUCUGAGACCCCCUCGCUGCUCUGUCCUGACACCCUGGGUGGCGCCACCAUCAUCUAUCAGCAAGGAGCUGAGGAGUCAACCACGAUGGCCACGCAGACAGCCUUGGAUCUGCUGCUGAACAUGAGUGCUCAGCGGGAACUGGGGGGCACAGCCCUGCAGGUGGCCGUGGUGAAGUCGGAGGACAUGGAAGCAGAGUUAGUAUCUCCUGGUGGGCAGCCCUCCCCUGAAGGGGCCACUUCACAGGUGGUCACCCUUCACGUGGCUGAGCCAGGGGGCGGCGUCACAGCUGAGAGCCAGCUAGGCACCCCUGACUCACCGCAGAUCACCCUGACACCCGGUCCGUUUGGUGGGGCUGGCUACAGUGUCAUCACAGCGCCCCCUAUGGAGGAAGGGACAUCAGCUCCUGGGACACCUUACAGUGAGGAACCCCCAGGGGAAGCAGCCCAAGCUGUGGUGGUGAGCGACACCCUGAAAGAAGCGGGCACCCACUACAUCAUGGCCUCUGACGGGACCCAGCUGCAUCACAUCGAGCUGACUGCAGAUGGCUCGAUCUCUUUCCCAAGUCCAGAUGCCCUGGCUUCUGGAACCAAGUGGCCCCUGCUGCAGUGUGGGGGCCUGCCCAGAGACGGCCCUGAGCCUCCAUCUCCAGCCAAGACCCACCGGGCAGGGGACCCCCAGAGUUCUGCCUCCCCCUCUCCUGUAGCCAGCAAAGCCCUGGGCCUGGUCGUGCCCUCCUCACCACUGUCUGCAGCCACUGCAGCGUCAAAGAAAUUUUCCUGCAAGAUCUGUGCCGAGGCCUUCCCUGGCCGAGCUGAGAUGGAGAGUCACAAACGGGCCCAUGCUGGGCCUAGUGCCUUCAAGUGUCCCGACUGCUCCUUCAGUGCCCGCCAGUGGCCUGAGGUCCGGGCCCACAUGGCGCAGCACUCGAGUCUGCGGCCCCACCAGUGCAGCCAAUGCAGCUUUGCCUCCAAGAACAAGAAGGACCUGCGGCGGCAUGUGCUGACCCACACCAAGGAGAAGCCCUUUGCAUGCCACCUCUGCGGGCAGCGUUUCAACCGCAAUGGGCACCUCAAGUUCCACAUCCAGCGGCUUCACAGUCCCGAUGGGAAGAAGGCAGGGGCCCCUACUGCCCGGGGCCCAGCCAGAACCCCAACCCAGACCAUCAUCCUCAAUAGUGAUGACGAGACGCUGGCCACCCUGCACACUGCACUCCAGUCCAGCCAUGGGGUCCUGGGCCCAGAGCGGCUACAGCAGGCAUUGGGCCAGGAACACAUUAUCGUGGCCCAGGAACAGACAGUGACCAAUCAGGAGGAAGCCACCUACAUCCAGGAGAUCACCACGGCGGAUGGCCAGACAGUACAGCACCUGGUGACCUCUGACAACCAGGUGCAGUACAUCAUCUCCCAGGAUGGUGUCCAACAUCUGCUCCCCCAGGAGUAUGUUGUGGUCCCCGAAGGCCAUCAUAUCCAGGUGCAGGAGGGGCAGAUCACACACAUCCAGUAUGAACAAGGGGCCCCAUUCCUUCAGGAGUCCCAGAUCCAGUAUGUGCCUGUGUCCCCAGGCCAGCAGCUCGUCACACAGGCUCAACUUGAGGCCGCAGCACAUUCAGCCGUCACAGCAGUGGCUGAUGCUGCCAUGGCCCAAGCACAGGGCCUGUUUGGCACAGAGGAGACAGUGCCCGAACACAUUCAACAGCUGCAACAUCAGGGCAUCGAGUACGACGUCAUCACCCUGGCCGAUGACUGAGCCCCAAGGGCCUGACAUAGAUCAUAGAUUUGGGGCCAGCCCUCCUGGGGGUCGGGACCCACUAGGACUCAAUCCCCGUUCGGCCUGGGUCCCUAGAUACUGAGCAGCCAGCAUUCUGUCACUCCACAGGAGCCAGACCUGUGCUGUUGGGGUUGGGGGCAGCCACGGGCCCCAGUCUGCAGGCAGGCUUUGGGAGAGAAGUUUAUUUUUGUUUCAGUGGAUUCACUGGCCCCUCACUCUCAAUAAAGGGACCAGAGUCCAGCCCUG